ACGACCGCGGGCCCAACGUGUCCUUUCUGUCCGCGUUUCCAAACGAGGCGGAGUACCUGUUCCCACCGCUGACCUAUCUGCAGCCAACCGGCCGCACCGAGACGGUGGCCGCGUGCGGUACGCCGGCUGGCCUCCAGCUGGGCCGGCGAGCGUGUACGAUGUCUGCGCCGGCCGCCUCGCCUUCUCUAGCUGCCUGUCGCCGCUCUUUGCCGCCUUCAUGCUGGGAUCGGCCGCUCACUGCCAGCAGAGCAGGCAGAGGGCGACGGGCGCAACCGUUUGUGCCGGCGGCGGUGGUGGUGGGGUUGGUGGUGACGUGCGUGCAGGUGGGGGGCCCUUACUCGCCUUCUUCUCAUCGCGAGCGAUGGCGUCCGUCGGCGCGCUCUCGCUGCAGGUGUACGUGUUCCAGGAGCCGACACACAACCUGUGGCUGAUGCUGGAAGGGCCAAAUCUGCGAGUUGGCAACCCCCAGUUCGGACCAUACCUCGUAUUUUUCCUUCUCUCUCUGUGGAUCCUCGCGGCUGCCUUUGCCACAUACGUCGAGGGGCCAUUCAUGCGAGCGAUGGCGAGCAAGUGGAAGCGCGCCCCGCCAGCCGAAUGGACUGUCCGCGCGGGCAACAGGCUGCUCGGCACGGUCGCCGCUGUCUACUGGAGCCUGUCUGUCGGAGUGCUGGUGGCCGGGUGCAGCCUGGCCUACGCGGCCCUCUCUUAUAGGUUGUAAAUGUAGGUUGGAGUUGCGGUGGUUCUCUGACUUCCAAGAGUGGAGCCGAGCG